AUGAUGAAGAUUGAUUUUAGUGGACUCGCGGCCUCAGCCCCGCUUUGUGGCAACACGGAUGAAUUGAACAAUGAGAUUUCGACUGGACAGAAAUUUGAACUUCCUAUUGCCGAUGACUUUGAUGGGUUUCAGAGAGAAGCAGUACAGAUGGUGAAGCCAGCAAAGGGAACCACAACUCUUGCGUUUAUUUUUAAGGAAGGUGUCAUGGUGGCUGCUGAUUCCCGUGCCAGCAUGGGAGGAUAUAUAUCAUCACAAUCUGUCAAGAAAAUAAUUGAAAUCAAUCCUUACAUGCUUGGCACAAUGGCUGGAGGAGCUGCUGACUGCCAAUUCUGGCACAGAAAUCUGGGGAUUAAGUGCCGUUUACAUGAAUUGGCAAAUAAGAGAAGGAUUUCUGUGACUGGAGCUUCAAAGUUGCUGGCGAACAUUCUGUAUUCUUACCGAGGAAUGGGUUUGUCUGUUGGAACUAUGAUAGCUGGCUGGGAUGAAACGGGUCCUGGCCUGUAUUAUGUGGACAGUGAAGGAGGACGACUUAAAGGAACUAGAUUCUCUGUUGGAUCUGGUUCACCAUAUGCUUAUGGCGUUUUGGACAGUGGAUACCGUUUUGAUAUGUCUGUUGAAGAAGGUGCUGAGCUGGCUAGACGUGCAAUUUAUCAUGCAACUUUCCGUGAUGGAGCCAGUGGUGGUGUUGCCAGCGUUUAUCACGUUGGACCAAAUGGAUGGAAAAAGCUGUCAGGUGACGACGUUGGAGAACUUCACUAUAUGUACUAUCCUGUGGAGCCUGCAUCUGUGGAGCAGGAGAUGACUGAGGUAUCCGGGUCGUGA